UGGGUCGUGGUUCUGCUUUUGGUCAGUGGCAGCUCAGCAUCAGAAAGCUCUCAGAGCUGCAAUGUGUCGCAGAAGUGCAUAGAGGACAUCAACACGUUUCUCUGGGAAACUAACCACGACAAACCAAAGGAGUAUGCUGUUCUAAUGUAUGAUUCCUUUGGAAAGAUGGGCAGUAACGUUGAAGGUGGUAACGUUAACCAGCCUGGUUUGCUGCAGCAGUGUCGCUCGGCUAUUGGGCCCAGCUUCUCUGGACAGUACUGCCAAGUGUUCCUGAAACAGGGAGCUUUGCAAUACUUCGUGGGUAUUUGUGUCCCUGACUCCUGUGGGGAAGAGGACGUAAAAGAGCUGGUGCUGUAUGACAGACUUCAGUUCAAUCAGAUGUCGCUCAUCCCUCCUCUACCUCCCAUUCUAACCAAUGAGUCCAGGCAGGACAUGAUCAUGACUCACUGUUUAGCCAACACAACUGAACUGGAUGCUUCGGAUGUUGUCUCCAUAUUUGUGUGUUGUGCAAUGAUAGCGGUCCCUCUUGCAGCCACCUUGUUCACAGCCAUGGUGAGGUCAGAAAGGAGCGGACCUGACAGUCCUAAUGUGGAGUUUUCACAUUUAAACAGUGGCCCUAACGUUUAUGGUGCCCUGAAGACCAGCGACUCAUCUAGCAGAGAAAUGAAUGGCAGCGCAGGGGAAAACGACGGACCCAGCCCUGAACAGAUCUCUCAGAGCUGUGCGUUUGAAUGCCUUCAGGCCUUUUCUCUACAAACUAACUGCAGGGGCAUCUUCAGCACCUCCUCAUCCUCCAUCCUAGUUGGAAGCUUCUCCUCACUAAACGGCAUACGUGUGCUUAGCUUGCUGUGGAUCAUUUGUGGACACAGUACACAGUUUCCAGUUAUCAACAACCUGGAUAACUAUAAAAACUGGAGGGGGACAGUUGAAAACAACCCCGUGUACAUUUUCACUAUCAGUGGGCCCGUUUUUCUGGCUGUGGACACCUUCUUGUUGUUAGGGGGACUACUCAGUGCCAGGUCCCUGCUGCGGUCCAUCGACAAGGCUGGAGACAAACUGACCCUCAGCCUUGUUGCAAACUAUCUCUUUAAGAGGAUUAAAAGGAUUCAGCCUCUGCACAUGUUCACGAUGUGUCUAACCAUCAGCCUCAUCUCUUUGGUCCAGUGGGGACCCUACUGGUUCCCAUUUAUGGAUACAAUGAUGGACUGUAAGGCAUACUGGUGGGCCAACCUUCUUCUGAUUAGCAACCUUCUCCCAUUCCAUAAUGUUUGCAGCCCUUGGACGUGGUACUUGUCUUUAGACUUCCAGUGUUACAUCACAACUCCUCUGCUGAUCUUUUUGUACAGAUUCAAACGACGUGUGUUUGCAGUUGUAGUUGGAGGCCUCCUGCUGAUGUCGACCUUGACCAGCUCCGUUAUAACAGCACACCUGCACCUACCGGUCUUUCAACCAUCUACAAUGACAUCAGAAAACUAUGUUCUGCAUUACUAUGUGAAACCAUACACAAGAUAUGGACCAUUUCUAAUAGGGAUCCUAACAGGAAUUCACCUGGCAACAAAAAAGGACCAGCUGUUAAAGCAAAAGUGGCAGGCAGCGCUUGGAUGGUGGUGCAGUCUGUCUCUGAUGGCCUUAUUGGUUGGAUUUGCCUACUUCCUGAAGGAGACCCCUACCUAUCCAUCUCUGCCUCAUGCUGUGUAUCAGGGGCUACACCGGCCGGUCUGGGCCCUGACUGUGAGCUGGAUCAUACUAGCCUGUGAGGAAGGCUAUGGAGGUUUUAUCAAGACACUUCUGUCUUUACGUUUCUGGGUUCCUCUCUCCAACAUUAGUUUUGCCUGUUAUCUGAUCCAUCCUGUCUUCAUUAUUCUCUAUAUUGGCCUGCAGGAGACACCGAUCCACUACUCAGACAUCAACUUUAUGUACUUGUUUCUUGGCCACCUGGCCCUGACACUAGUGGCAAGCUGUGCUCUCACCGUUUUAAUAGAGAAGCCUUUCCAAUUCUUCAAACGAAGAAACACAUAGAGAGAAAUCACCAUCCAUUCAUUCAUCCAUAUACGUCUGUCAUUUGGGACUUGUUUUUCCAUCGAUGACAAUGUUCAAAACUGC